CUUACUGGCACAUUAGCUAUUUAAAAACCAUGAUAUCAGUCUUACCGGCCACUCCGUUGUGGCAAAUUUUAGGCUCUGACUACGAGUGUUUCUUCCUAAUGAGGGUUAAACGAGCUAAUCCAAACUGGGUGCUGAUCAGGGUUUGAUUUGAACAAGAACUAAUCUUUGACCCUGAAGGGAGACAAGAUCCAUACAUUUUCAAACCUAAUCUUUAAGUGAAAUUAUAAUACAUUGCCUGCUUCUGGUUAAUCUGUGUCUAUUUGGAAUGUUAGGAUCUUGCUACUAGGAGUCAAAUAGCUAUAUUGUAUUUUAGGGAGAUUUUUGAUAACUGAAUAUCGUCUCUGUUUUUUGACAACAUGUUUGAUUUUGGAGAAGAUUUCAAUAUAUUUUUCUGCUUAGCUCUGUAAUUACAGUUGAUACAUUCCUAUUUUUUGAGGAUUAUUAUUGUAAUAGAGUUUUCACAUAAUUCAUGGGUUGGUGGUAAGGAAAUAAAAUUGUUAAUAGGAUCUUCACAAAUGCGUGAUGGGUUUUUGCUUAUAUAGCACUUUUGAGGCUGCAUUAAAGGAGAUGGAGGAGACAUGAAUGGAAAACUGACCUAAAAGAGUACUAAAAUUACUCCAUUUAUAUACUGAGUUUUACUAAUAAAGUAAAGACAGUAAAGAGAAUUAAAAUUUCAUAAAAUGAAUAAAAAUUUUUAUUUGAAAUUUUAAAUAUUUUGCAUGGUAAUAUAGCUAAUAGGUGUCGAUUUUCAGUAUUGGAAAAUUAUAGUUUGGCAAAUUUGUUAUUGGGAUGUUUUGUAUUUUUACGUUUUAAUUUUCAAAUUUUGACUUCUUGGAUAGAUCAUGCAUGGAGUGAAAGGUGGAAACCAACUAUUCCAAAAGAAUAAAUUGUUUUUCUUCUUUUAAAUUUUCAUUUUGGAUUUUGUUAAUUUCUUAUAAUUAAUAUUUUUUUCUCGAUAUUUUAAUUUUUAAAUUUUUUAUUGUUUUUAACUUCUUAGUAACUCCCAAAGUUUUUGGUUAAAAAAAAAAAAAAUCCCAAAGUUAAAGCCUAUUUUUCUUUAUUUAUUUAUUUUUUCUUAAACCAUAUUGAACACCAUGGCAUGGAAUGGAAAAUAAAUAUUAUUAUAUUUUACUGAGGAUAAUAUUUAAGCCGACCGCACCGCAUAUUAAUAGUGGCAGUCUUGGUAAAAUUCUAAAAAACAUCGGGGUUCUCCAUGUAAAUGUAGUACACGGUAUUCCCAAGUUGCCACGUAGCACUGUAUUGGCGCCAGUUUUCGUUUCCCGCGCCAUUGAACUCUUUCAAUUCCACUGUUUUAACCCUAAAAAAAUAUCCCCAAUUGUCCAUCAUCUUUCUCUCACUAUAUGAUUCUCUCACACACAGAGACAAACACACAAAUUUAUCUAAAGGAGCUUCAAAAUAAUAUCUAUAUGUUUAUGUAUAGUAAUUUAUAUAUCACCCUUUUUAUAUAGCAGUCGUAAACAAGAGGAAGAAGAAGAAGAAGAAGAUGUUUUACUCGCAGACGUUUUUGGCUCGAAAGGGUCCGCUGGGAACGGUGUGGUGCGCAGCGCAUCUGCAGCAUCGGCUCAAGAAAUCCCACUACACUUCCACUGACAUCCCCUCCACUGUCGAGCGCAUCAUGUUUCCAGAGGUCCCAAUUGCACUGCGAAUGUCAGGCCACCUUCUGCUGGGUGUUGUCCGGAUAUACUCAAAGAAAGUUGACUAUCUUUACCAAGACUGCAAUAUUGUUUUUACUACCUUAAGAAAGGCCUUUGCUUCUAUAGAACUUAACUUGCCAGAAGAUGCAAGGCAGGCGCCUGUUGAAGUUAUCACUUUGCCAGAAACUUUUGACCUUGAUGCUGUGGAUUUGGAUGAUGAUAAAUAUCGUGAAGGGGAUCAAGAUAAUCAUCUCAGGAGUUAUGAGGACAUUACACUAACAGAUCAAGUUCCCGUUGGAACAGAACCUUAUGUCGCUGUAACUUUUGAUGAGGAUAUCAUAAUGGAUGCAUCAGAUCCAAUAGAGGUUCCUGCUUCAGCCAUAUCACCUAUGGAUGAGGACAUUGUCCAUCUGCCUGCAGCGGAUAACAGUUUGGGUACUUCUGAUCCAAGCAAUCAGACAAAUGAACCACGUACCAAGAUUAGUGAGGAUGUGACCCUUCCAAAAUCCCCAGGAGUUGAAGUUCCACAUGAUGUGAGUUUUCAAGGUCCUGUUCCAAGUAACCAUGAAGAAUUGUUUGAUACGAGACAUAGAGAGGAGAAUUCCCCUGAAGAUUAUCAAGAAAUUGAAGUUUUACGAGACGCUGUUCCUGAUAUUAGCCCAGGAAACCUUCCUCCAGUUUCCCCAACUUGUAGAAAUGACAUUAGUGAGCCACAAGAACCUAUAGACAUACCAAUGAAUGAGAAAGGAACCCUUUCUCCGGUCAUGGAAGAAAAUUUAACUCAUGAGAGACUGUCUCCACAUCAGCCAAGUUCAGUACCACCACCAACUUCAGCUGCUUCUUUGCAAGAUGGCUUAGAGUUUAAUAACUCGCCUCUAUCAUUUGCAAUUCGAUCAACACCACCUGUUAAGCAGCCCAAAGCAAGACCAAGAAAGAGGAAACAGUGUUUUGAUGAGUCGCCAGUGUUGACUAACAAGUAUAUGAAGAAGGCACUUGAAAAUUCUAAAGAUUUAUUGCGCAAGAGGAGGAAUAUUCCAUGCUCUGCUUUGGGCAUAUGGAAAUUAAAGAAUGUUUUAAGAAAGGACCAAGUUCUGUUUCAGCCAUCAAUAACUGGAUUGUCUUUGGAUCUUUGUAAUAUUUAUGACAAGGAUUAUGUAUCCUCAAAACUUCAGUUGUUGGAGGAAGCUUCUCCAGACACCGAGGUUGUGAGAUCUCCUGCUCCCAUAACCGAAGCCGGCCUAGAUCCUGGGGUUGCACAAUCUCCUGCCCAUGCAACUGAAGAAAUUUUCCCACAGCAAAGGGGUGAAGAAUCUGAGGGUCCUGUUAAUGAUUAUGAUCAGGAAAUUGAACAUCUUAGACAUGUUGAAGACCGUGAUGAAAGGGAUGUCUUACCUGAUUUUGUUCCAUCACCUAGAUUGACGCCUUCGCAUGGAAGAGAGGACCACACUCCUCUCACAUCUCAAUUUUUAGGGUCAGCUUCAGUCGAAAGGACCAUUGGAACUGGAGUUUUGCCAACACCAGAUCUACCAGCUUCAACCGGACUUUAUGAGUCUGAAAUUGAAACACCAAGUGCAUUUUUAUGGGAGCAACUAGGUGUAGAAAACACCGUUCUUUCGGAUGUCCCUGAGUUGGUGAAUUCAAAAGAUGCAGAAGACCUUUAUUUUCUGGAAGCUGACAACAAUACUCCCACAGGAUGUCAAGGGACACAAGGAGUUUAUUCAUUGUCUGUCAGAACCAGGGCUGUAGCUCAAUAUUUAAAAAAACAAUCUGAUGUCACACCAAGCUCAGAAGACCUGUAUGGAGAUCUGAGUUUGAACAAGAUCCUAGAAGGGAAAACAAGAAAGCUAUGUGCUCGAAUGUUCUUUGAAACACUGGUUUUGAAGAGCUAUGAUCUUGUUGAUGUACAACAAGAAGAACCUUACGGUGAUAUCAGUUUGAAGUUGACUCCAACACUUUCAAAGGCUCAAAUCUAAGAUGACUUUAUUUAAGGUGCUUGCCUGGCCAUACUGUAUUUAGUUGUUUCCCAGGUGAAAGAAGAAAAAGCAGAAUGUUAGUGUAAAGUAUGUACGGCAAUGGAAAUGCAAUUUUUUGACUUCAUGAGAAAGCUUAAUCCAAAGUGUAGUGUAGCUUUUUUGUUUUUUUGCUUUUUCAUGGAAAUCCGAAGUUUAGUUGAUAAGUUAUUGUAGGCAGGUCAUUGUAAUUAAUUAUAAUAACAUCCUUUCCAGUUUUUCUUAAAGUGGCUUGAUCUCUUUUGUUGUUUUUCAUUUGUCAAUGUCUUUAAAAGCUGACCUUAUUUAUUUAUUUAUUUUUAUUUUUUUA